AUGAGUGAGGCUGAGCUGCGUGCUUUCAUAGCAAAGGGAAACUCAUUUGACAGUGACAGUGAGGAGGACUUGAAAAUUCGCGUCUAUGCACGCUGUCUUUUGUUCGAUAUGUCAAACUCUGACAAAGUUUUGGAAGAAGCAAUCACUUGGGCUAAAAGAGAGAUCCUCGCUUCGCCUCCAAGUAAACAGGCUCUCAAAAAUGGCUCGAUAUUCUCACGACGCUUUUGGUCCAGUCGUGAGACCAUGCUCCAUGAUGUUGCGCUUCAAAUGACACUUCUCAAGAAUCAAGCAGCCAGAUCGAUGAUGAGAUUUGAACAGAGCCACCUCAUGGAAGAUCUAAAUCUGACCAUCGCUAUUGUGGAACACUUGUUACCGAUGAUAAGCCUCAGCAAGUCAUCAAGAUUGCAGAACAACCUCGGUCUCAUGCUUCACAAGCGAUGUCAGAGAGCUGAGCCGAUAGAGGAUCUGAGCCGACCUAUUGACUCGAUGAACAGCCCCAGACGAUAG